UGAGUUCUCAUUGGGCCCCCGGGGCCUACCCAUGUUGUAUGAAUGUCGUCUGCUUUAUGAAGUUCAGAAGUUGUUUCUUGUUUCUGCCAACAAAAAGGUCGACCGAUUAAUUGUAAAUUCUAUCAUGCCACAAAAGAAGAGUGUGAAGCAUGGUGUGAAGACAUUAUCGCAACUAUGUGUUGAUAAUGUAAUAGAAGGAUUGGAGAGGGGAUUGAAGCAAAAAUGGAAAGACGACGUGAAAGGAACACGGAAAUGGAUAGUUAAACCCUCUGUCGCCAUUGACCCAGAGAUUUCACCGAGUCCUUUGGAUCAGUUACCCAUGCCAGUUAUCGAAGAAGUAAUUCGUUGUCUUAAGGAAAAAGAAGUGCUGGAAUUACAUAUUGAAUUGGUUAUUACUCCACAAGUUGGCACUCUGGAUCUAUCCUCAGAGAGUUGGGAAAGAGGCAGAAAAGAGCAUUUGAAAAAGCAAAUGUUCCCAAAUCUUAGGCGUGCUGCCAUCAGAUGCCCAAUGCUGAAAAAUUUGAUACUUACUAAUAGGGAGCUUGAAGAAAUAAGUUUGAUUGCAUCCCUACCCACAUUUCAAUAUUUGCAAGUGUUACAGGUUUCAAAUACCUCAACAGGAGACAAGUGUAUGUGGAUUCUUGGAACUCACUGCAAACAUUUGAGAAAUCUGGAUGUUCGUUCCUGUUGGGCAGUGACAGAUUUUGGAAUUCAAGGGUUAUGUCUUGAUUACACUGAAAAGGAAAAUGACAAAGCUCACCAAACUUCUAAAAAAGGUGAUUUUGAACGGCGGGAAAGUUGCACACCUCCUCGACUUAGCAACUCAUUGCAAACAUUAUGUUUGGAAGAGACACUAGUUACUGAAAAGGGAAUUCAAGAGGCUCUUCAGAAACUACGUUCUUUGAAAGUAUUGGAACAUGAGUCUACUGUGAAAGUACUCGGCGAAAUGCAUCGAGAAGAAUGGGAAAACACUGAGAAAAGGAACAAAAUUCCGAAAUACGCUUUGUCCAAGAUCAAUUUCGUUGUCAAGGAUAAUCAAAAAUCAAAAGAUCGCCUUUGGAAAGUGGUAUCCCUAUGUCCAUCGAUUACAAAGUUAUUCAUUUCGAAAAAAGGAUUGAACGAAGAAUUGAAAGAAGGAAGAACCAACAACAUCCGCGAAAUGGAAAACAUUGGUUAUCGACCAUUCACUUUUAAUGGCGACAUGGUCCCGUUAUUGAACAUGAUUGGGAAUUCGCUUACAGAGCUGUCACUUUGUGGAUUUGAUAGUUUAAACAUAUGCUCCAUUAUCGAUUGUUGUCCUAAUCUGCGCCAACUUAAGCUUAGUAACAGUAGAGACUUCUCAGCUGACCCAGAGCGACAUGAAUACUUUAAUAUCGAAGAAAGAAAAACAUUUGAACAACUUGAAAAAUUAACUGUUAGUUCUGUCAACAUCUCACCCGAAAACUUGUUUACACUCAUGUCGUCGUCUUCCCUGAAAUUUAUUGUAGUCGAGAAAUGUGAAACUUUCAACGAUGAAAUCCUACAGCAGGCAUCAGAUCUUCACUCGUUUCCUAACCUGGAAUACUUGGAAUUAAACGAAUGUGAUUUCGUCACAGUAAAAGGGCUAAAUGUACUGUCGUCGGAAAGUAACCCACUAAAGGAAAUGAAGAUCUCAUCGAAAGAUGACAAAAGUUUAUCGCAAAUAAAAAAAAGUUGGAAACAACAUCUCGCUCUCGAAAACUGGGAAUUGAAUAUAUCUUACAAGUCUUUAUCGCGUCUUCAGGGACUGUCAAUGUUCGAUCGUAUUAAAUUUAAUCCGUGAGCGAAUUAAAUGACAGAUUUGUUUUUUGAAAAAUAAUUUGUUUUUUAGAAAUUGGUUUAUUUAAAAAUUUGCUCUGGCUGAUAAUACAAAAUAAUUCAGUUUCGUUUUGAAAAGUA